CAAAACAGUGAAUCAAAUGUAUAUUAUGACCGAGCAAUUCGAAGGCUCAUGUGCCUAACCGAGCGCGUUGAAGAUCUAGUGGUAGAAUUUGAUAGGCACAUUGGACUGGGCGCUGCCAAUGAAUCUGAUGCUGAUAUAAUGGACUCAGAUAACCCAGAAGAGAAUAGACAGUAUUGCUCCUUCAAGAAACUUAUGACAUGGUGUCCCUCGGUUCGUAAGUUGCUACAGUCAUCUGCCAAGCAUGAAACUCUUGCUUUUGCGUAUAGUAAGCUGAAUGAAAGCUCUGAUGGGGCCAGAGGAGACGACUCUGCUGGUCUCAAGCGUGCUGUCGCUGAUUGGCUAAUGGAACGUACCCCCACGCCAAAUCCCCCCAUUCACAAGCAAAACAAAUCUGGUCGAGGAUUUUACCAUGACGUGACGGGUGAACUCUUGUGCCCAGUUGAUUAUACAGUAACUGGAGCAAUCCCAUCAUCCAUUCGAGACUACCAUCCCGAUUUUCACAUCACUGCUUGCUCUUGGCCUUUGUUCCUGUACAAGGAUGGAUGUUACAACCCCCAGAACCCUACAAAGGAUCUGUUUAAAGGCGAGCUACUAGUCAAGGUAUUUAAAUGUGUAUUCACCUCUCCGAGUUCCACAGACGAGGAACAAGCUGUUGACUCGAUGGGUCGUUCCACACUCGGCAGGAACAGUGGCAAGUGUCGCACUUGGUGUGACCUAAGAUUUGCAUUGUCAAGCUCAGGAUCUUGGCGCGUCGUUGAUGACGAAUUCAACAAUCAAGAGUUUUAUGAUAACAUAGUUGACUAUCUUGAACUUCCUCCAACACCUGAAGCAGCGAAAGAAGUGGAUGAUCUCUUACUUUGGUGGAAUAGAAAAGUUUUUGGUCAAAAACAUGUUUCUGACUAUCGCCCGCAGCAGGCAAACCACAUGUCAGUUGCCAUGACUUUGGCCAAGCGAUGUUGCCCAUAG